ACUAGAAAGAGGUAUGCUCGCAGUGGUGCUCUAGGGCUGCGAUCUCGCCCAGGGUAUCAAUGGCGGCGGCGAUGAUGACGGUGUUCUCCGUCGGCGGAGGUGGAGGUGCAACCGGGAGGCAGGUGUACCCGGUGGAUAGCGAGGCCGAGGCGUCUCAACGGCUGGUCGAGGCGACGCAUCGUGGUGACGCGCGUGCGGUGGCGGAGCUUCUUAUGGAUCCCAUGGUGGAUGUGAACUACCCCGGCACCGUGUGUCUUCGCGGCCGCCGCGCUGAGGUGGUCCUCCGUGAGGAAUCCCCCGAUGAGGUCCGGAUCGAGCUUGAGGAGUUCCGCACCGACGUUUCCGCCCUUUUCCUCGCUGCUAACUCCGGCAACCUCCCCCUCGUUCGCAAGCUCCUGAGUGUGGGGGCGGAUGUGAAUCAGAAGCUGUUCAGGGGGUAUGCUACCACUGCGGCGGCGAGGGAGGGACGUGGGGAUGUGCUGGAGCUGUUGCUCAGGGCCGGCGCUGCGCAGCCGGCUUGUGAGGAGGCCUUGCUUGAAGCCUGUGCGCAUGGGCAAGCUAAGCUUGCAAGGUUACUCAUGGACUCUGACCAGAUUAGGCCAAAUGUUGCUGUCCAUGCUCUUGUCUCUGCCUGUUCCCGGGGUUUUGUUGAUGUGGUGGACACCCUGAUCAAGUGUGGAGUAAAUGCAUAUACUACAGACAGAGUUCUACUUCGUUCCUUGAAGCCAUCGCUGCACACCAACAUUGACUGCACAGCCCUUGUUGCUGCCAUUGUCAGCAGGCAGGGCGCUGUUGUCCGGCAGCUAUUGCAGGCUGGUGUUAGAAAGGACUUGAAGGUUAGCCUGGGAGCAUGGUCAUGGGACACCACCACCGGUGAAGAAUUCCGGGUUGGAGCAGGCCUUUCAGAACCUUACAAUGUGGCCUGGUGUGCCGUUGAAUACUUUGAAUCCACCGGUACCAUUCUCCGUAUGCUCCUGCAGCAUCAUUCUCCCAACACCUUGCAUUCCGGCAGGAGCCUCCUUCAUCAUGCCAUCCUCUGCGGCAAUCACCGGGCUGCUGACACUCUCUUGGCCUGUGGAGCUGAUUGUGAGCUCCCAAUUAAGACUGCUCGUCGGAAUGAGUUCCGUCCCAUCCAUAUGGCUGCGCGGCUUGGCCACGCCAAGGUCUUACAGAGCCUCAUUGAUACUGGCUGUCAUCUUGAUUCAAGAACAGAAUGUGGAGAGACAGCAUUGAUGCUCUGUGCACGCUUCAAGCGGGAUGACUGCCUUAGCGUUCUUGCUUCUGCUGGGGCUGAUCUUGGGCUCGUUAGCUCCAGCGGCUCGUGUGCAGCCCUCAUUGCGUCUUCAAACAGGUGGGGUGAUGUUUACCAGGAAGCAUUGCUUAAUGUUAUACGAUCAGGGAAAAUCCCUCGCUCCAGUAACCCCAACAUCUUCUCGCCGAUGAUGUUUGCUGCUCAUUAUGGUGAUGUCCCAGCCCUCGAAGUGUUGGUGAUGCACCCAGAUAUCAACCUUGAUGAGCAGGAUGAGAAUGGGUUCUCCGCCAUCAUGAUCGCUGCGCGUGAAGGCCAUGUUGAUGCUUUCCGUUUCCUAGUCUUUGCAGGGGCCAAUGUGAAGCUCUGCAACAAUGCAGGUGAAACAGCCAUUGCACUCUCUCAGUCAAGCAAGAACCAUGAUCUGUUUGAGCAAGUGAUGCUUGACUUUGCAUUGGAGAAGGGCAAUGCUGGAGGGUUCUACGCACUGCAUUGUGCUGCCCGCCGUGGAGACAUGGCAGCUGUUCGUCUGUUGACCAACCGGGGCAUUGACGUGAAUGUCCCUGACGGUGAUGGAUUCACUCCAUUGAUGCUUGCUGCAAGGGAGGGACACGGCACAGUAUGUGAGCUCUUGCUCGCAUGUGGAGCUCAGUAUGAUAUCAGAACACCACAAGGAGAUACAGCAUUGUCGCUAGCACGAGCAAACAAGACGUUUGGUAAUCCCGCAGAAGGUGUAAUACUAGACGCAAUGGCACGGGAUCUAGUAACACAAGGAUGCCGAGUAAAGAAACACACCAAGAAGGGCAAAGGGAGACCACAUAAGAAAAUGCUGAAGAUGGUGGUGGUGGCCGGAGUGUUGCGGUGGGGUAAGGCAGCUUGUCGGAAUGUUGUUUGCAGGGAAGCUGAGGUCGGGGGAAGUUCGGCAUUUGUUAGAAACAGGAAGAGGAAAGGAGAUGCAUAUGAGACAGGACUCUUCAGAAUAAUAACCACAAAAGGUAAGGAGUUUCAUUUUGUCUGCCAAGGAGAUGAGAUGGCUGAACUCUGGAUUAGAGGGAUUAAGCUUGUGACGAAAUCGGUUUUCGGAAAGAGUGGUAUGUAAUAAAAUGGUGAGACAUCAGGUUGAUAUGUUAACAAAUUGUAAAGGAAGUUGUGGUGGGGGGUUGUGGAUGGGUGCUUAGCAUGAGUUGCAGUGUAGUAGUCUUCAUCUUGAAGUCUAGGGUUCUAGUUCACCUGAUGUAUGAGUUAUUGGGAGAACGUUGAUGUUUUAAUUCUCCACUGUUAUGUAUAGCAAGUUCACAAAUGCCAUGGCAGUGGUACUCAAAUUGGAUCAGAAGUUUCACACAAGAUAAUCACAUUUGUAAUGAAGAAGAAAAGAAUUAAAUGAUGGAUUCCGUAAAUACUUGUAAAAACAUGAUUGGCCUACA